GUGUUUAGAUUGUUUCGAACCUGUGCGGAGGCAAUCGACAUAUUAAAUUCUUAAUCGACUUAAUUCUUUUUCAGAAAAGACAAGAAGACUAAACGAAAAAAAGACAUAGAAACAUUAUUCUUUCUCUGUUCAUCUGGUAUAAUUUAGAAUCGUGAAGAAAGAAAGAAAAUUAUCUAUAUUGCUUUCAUCAUGUCUUCUCAAGAUUUGGUUAUGUUACAAGCCAGUGGAAAAAUUCUUGCCAAAACGAAUUUUGCAAUUUGUGAAAAGAAUAACAAAACGGUCGACAAGCAAUUGGAGAAAAAGAAUGAAAAGCUCGAUGCUCAGCGGUUAAGGUGUAAUAGGAGACACAUAAAGGAUAAGAAGAAACUCGUUAACGAACUAGAUGAUAUUCGUCAAGUGAAAACGCCUCCUUUAAUAGCUAAGAGGGAUGCUGCUCGUCUAACACCUCACGGUUCUUUUCAAAAUCGCCAUCUACCGGAUUGGGGAAGUAUGGAGAGUAUAUCUUCAGAUAUGGAGAGAGCUGCUAUGUUUAAAGCUUUAAAAGAACAUCAAGCGGAACUUGAAAAACGAGUAGCUAAUUUUCUUCCAACUACAAAUUCCUGAUUUUUCAAACGGGCUAGUAAUCCACAACAAUAAUUAAUUAAAUUAAAAAAAAAUCACAAUAUCUUUCUUUUUUGAGUUUAAGAGUUUGUCUCCUACAGUCUGUUUUUUUCUUAGUUAAUAAAAAAAGAAGAAAAUAAAAUUUUUAUCCGAUUUCUCGACCACGUCCAAUGCAACGUCGAUAUCCUACAGACUUUCGUCCAGGACAGAGGUUGUCGCCUAUAUUCCAACAAUCUAAUUCUCAUUAUUAGACAGUCGUCAAGCACAUUUCCAAUUCCUCCUCGUCUGAAUGAAUGUAGUAAUGUCGAGGUACACUGGGCGUGGUCCGACAUUGUCAGUGUCCUCUUGAUUCCGCGUCCGACCUGCAGGCUAAUGUACAAAUAUUUAAAAAUAAAGGUUAUCUUAGCUUCAACCCCUAAUAUGAAUGCAGGUAAUUCCCUCUUACUAUGUUAUGAAUAUAAAGAUUAAGAGUAUAAUAGGGCGAGAAAGGAAGAAAGGGACUGUACUCGUUCUCCUUCAAUCGAUAUUAAUUACAUACAGAAUUUUUUAGGUAUAAGAGAGAAAUAAUGAAUAAAAAGAAAAAAAAAUCUACAACCAGUUUUUAAAAGGCAAACCUAUGCUUUUCACGUACACUUAGUAUUCUAUCUAAUUCCUUUUUCCAUAUUAUUUCUUUAUGGCAAAAAAAAACAUCCUCUUAUUCAUAGAAAUACUAGUUUUUUCAAAUCAGUAAUAUUACAAGGGAGUUUAUUAACCAUAAAAUGGCUUUCUCCAUACACGAAUCAUAUUAAUUACUGAAGAAUUCAUUCGAUAUACCAUCUCUCGAAAAGCUCUUUGAAAGAUCCGGGGGCCAAAGAUUUAUGACCUUCUAGAUAAGUUUCUACAUUAUCUCUUUGCCUUUUUCAACUUUAUUUUUUUUUGCAUUUUAAAAUGACUUACUAUUGCAUUAUUUUAAAAAUGUUUCGGUUUUUUAUAGCGUCACUUGUAAGAUAUGAAUGAAAUUUAUUUUCAUAGAUAGCUAAAUUACCGGCAGAUGGCGUAGAUAAUAAAGUUUAAAAAAACCAUUCACGUGAAUGGUACGUAAGAACGUAAGAUGGUUGUUAGCUUAUUAAUGAUAAAAUAUUACUUAUAUUCGCACUUACCGACGCAUUGAGAAGGCGGCACU